GUGUGUUUGACCGGCAGACGGUUGCAGUUUAUGUGAUGGGCUGUAGUUGCCGCGGUAACCCACCGGGAAAAGGGAGUUUGCUUGUUUUGCAGCUGUUGUGGUGCUGAGCAGAUCUGCCAGGCGCAAAGUACCCGCGGAGAAAGUCUGCUCUUGUGCUGGCACACGGGUUCUUCUCCUGCCUGAAAGUGUCCUCUCUGCAAUGGGCAGACAGCGGGGCAGCAGAGGAAAGGCACGGGGCUGUGGAGAGAGGAAGGGACGCAGGAGCAGGAGAGUUAAAUUCUCAGCCCCAGGAGAAAGGUGCAGGGGAAGGAAGGGGCAAAUGCUGGACUCCAAUAUUUAAAAUCCCCGCGGGGCAGCAGAGAAAGGAGGGAAGGGAACAGACCCGGAAAGACAGAUGCAAAUGGGCGUGUUCCGGGCUGCUUUUCUUUUUUUCAACGACCCUACGAGUGGGGCAGCCCAGCUGUGUCCUGUGCCUUUAAGGGCUCCUCCUCUGAGCAGUGCCACCGGGGUGUGUGUAGGGGGGAGCCCAUCCCCUGCUGCAGCCUUUUCAGUGCUCCCGGAGAGAUGACCCAGGCUCAAGAAGCCGCUCACACACCCUGUAUGGAGCCGAAACUCCGAGCGCUGCGGGGAGUUUGCAAUUAAAAGCUGGCGCCCCGCGGAGACAGGGGCGCACGGAGAGGCGCGCACGGAGCUCUCCAGCGGAGAUGGCUCCUUGGCCCGAGAGCAACGCCACCUCCUGGGGGGACGCAACCACCAACUGCACGGGGGCCGGCAGCCUGAGCCAGCAGUGGGCCGUCGGGGCCGCCCUGAGCCUCACGGUGCUGGUGAUCGCGGCCGGCAACCUGCUGGUGAUCCUGGCCAUCGCCAAGACGCCGCGCCUGCAGACCAUGACCAACGUGUUCGUCACCUCGCUGGCCUGCGCCGACCUGAUCAUGGGCUUGCUGGUGGUGCCGCCGGGGGCCACCAUCGUGCUGAGCGGCCACUGGCCCUACGGCACCACCGUGUGCGAGCUGUGGACCUCGCUGGACGUGCUGUGCGUCACCGCCAGCAUCGAGACCCUGUGCGCCAUCGCCGUGGACCGGUACCUGGCCAUCACCUCGCCGCUGCAGUACGAGGCGCUGGUGACCAAGGGCCGGGCGCGGGCCGUGGUGUGUCUGGUCUGGGCCAUCUCCGCCUUCGUCUCCUUCCUGCCCAUCAUGAACCACUGGUGGCGGGACGGGGCGGACGAGGAAGCGCUGCGCUGCUACCAGAACCCGCGCUGCUGCGACUUCGUCACCAACAUGCCCUACGCCAUCCUCUCCUCCAUCAUCUCCUUCUACGUGCCGCUGCUGGUCAUGCUCUUCGUCUACGCGCGGGUCUUCGCCGUGGCCAGCAGGCAGAUCAGCCUCAUCGAGCGGGACAAGGUCCGCUUCCUCCAGGAGCCCCCCAGCCCCGGCGCCAAGGGCCCCCGCCGGAGGAGACCCUCCCGCCUCAUGGCCAUGAGGGAGCACAAGGCGCUCAAGACCCUGGGCAUCAUCAUGGGCACCUUCACCCUCUGCUGGCUGCCCUUCUUCGUGGCCAACAUCGUCAAGGUCUUCUACAGGUCCCUCGUCCCCGGCCAGGUCUUCCUCUUCCUCAACUGGCUGGGCUACGUCAACUCCGCCUUCAACCCCAUCAUCUACUGCCGCAGCCCCGACUUCAGGAGCGCCUUCAAGAAGCUGCUCUGCUGCCCGCGGAGCGCGGACCGCCGGCUGCACGCCGUCUCCAGGGACCUCCGCCGGUGCCCCUGCGCCUUCGCUUCCCAGGAGGCCUCCCCUGCGGACAGCAAGCCGCUGGAGCAGGGGCAGCAGCCCGGGCAGGCGGCGGAGGAGGACGGGGGAACCAGCAGCAGCAGCAGCCGCUCGAGUAGCAGGACUGAGAACAACCUCUCCUACCGCCAAAGCAAUGGGCAUGGCAAUGCCCAGCGCCCUCUUAGGGAGGCCCAGCUGCAGGGGACUCAGAUCACGCUGUGUCUGCAGCUGGAAGAAUUUACCUGCAAUGAAGCAAAAGCAGGUCCUUGAGUGUGCUUGAAAGGGAAGGAAAAAGAGAAGAGUGAAUGUGUCAAAGCCCUCUACUGGGCUGUUGAUCUUGGCUUGUGUGCCAGCUACUAUCCACCUGAAAAAAGGAAUUAGACAUGUAGAUCCAUAGUCUUUUUACUUUUGAUGUUGACUCAGGUAUUUUGAACGCACAUACUUUAAUUUCCUUACUGUUUCUCCAGGCUUGGACAUAGUGUAGAGGAAACUGUGCCUUAUAGAAAAAUGAUACAUAGGAGAGGCAUGUCUUAAAACAAUUUUUCCUGUAUGCAUGGCAAAAGUGUAGGAAAGAGGUGGCCUUUUGCUGUCAUUAGUUGUUUUCAGCAAAAGCCCUUGACAAGUGUUGGAAUUAUAUCAGGGUCCCAGUGGGCUAAGCCUAGAUAAUUUACUAUGACCUCAAUAUCUCUAGUGAUGGCUAGCUAGAGUCAGGUCUAGAAACAGCCCCAGUGCCUCUUGUGAUGUGAAGUUGGACUCAAUAUAAGAGACCUCCCUCUCCAGGGCUAGGCAGCUGAAUUCCAGUACUGCUCAGGACACUAAUUAGAUGAAGAACUGACCGACCUAAAUGUGAACAGUGUGUGUAAUCUUCAAAGAUGUUCCAAGGGAAGAAGGCAUGAAGAUGUUUCCUGAAUAGAUUGCAAGAGAAAUUACUACCUCAGAAGCAGUACUUCAGAAUGCAGCUGGAGUUUGACUUUGGUAGCCAGACGUGGA